AUGGUCAACAACUCAAUCUUCCGACAGAUCUGUGCGAUGCUUCCCGCAACGCUACGUUGUUUUCUCCUGCUCGGAACAGCUCAAGCCACUACAUUCCUCCCCCCCAUGGAGAGGUCAGCCCUCAUGGAUGGAAAUGGGUGCAGUGAUGUCCAGUGGACGGUUGACAGAGAAGCCAUGACCCUCCAGAUGGCGUUCAAGAGCACAGAAGGGGCCGAGUGGGUAGGCCUUGGUAUUGCUGAGUUUGGUUCCAUGAAAGGAGCUGACAUCAUGCUGGUCAAAAUGAUCCACAACAAUGACUCUGUCGGACCUUCUUUUGUGGUAGAAGACCUCAUCUCGACUGACUUUGUCAAGCCAAGAAAAGACCUUCUUCAGAAUGUGGAACUACUUCGAGCUGAAGUAGAUGAGAAUGGAAGGAUCCAUGCCUUGAUAGAGCGCCCAUUGGAUUCUUGUGAUAUUGAUGACAUUGCUAUUGAGGCAUACAAGCAAACCAUUAUUUGUGCUUCAGGCUACCUGGACGACGGUAAUGAGAUUGCUUACCAUGGCCCUAGACAACACUCUUCCACCACAGUCAAUCUCAUUGUCGAUGAAGAUCUACUCUAUGGAUCAGCUACCAGCUUUUCUAGCCAAUCCCAAAGUGGCGGUGUAUUGCUAGACGAGGGGGGCAUUGUCAAAGCACGUGGCUUUGAUCCUAACUCAACCACAUCAUUGGAGCCAAUUGCAGUUGACAUUCAGCUACCUAACAUUUCUCUUCCGCAGCACAAAGUGACAUCUUUUGUUUGUGUUGCUUUCAAACUGCAUCCGGGUAUUUCAGUAAAGUCCAUGGGCAUCGAAACUGUUUGGGGCAAUGGUCAAACCAGAGGCACCAUGGGGAAACAGCCAGAUCGCAUUAGUCAUCAGGCGCUUUUCCGAUGUUCUGAAGCUGAAAAUGUUGGAUUGCUCAUAGAAGGUCAAGCAUUUGACUGUGGAGAGGGAGUGCCUAGUUACUGCCAUGUGUCAUUUGCUGCUACCAGGGCAUUAUUGAUUGAGCCCCCACCAGGAGCACACAUUCCGUUGGAACCAGGAAACUACAUAUUGCGGGUUCAUUAUGAUAAUGCAGCGGGAUCACCAGUUGAUGCUGACAGGACUGGGCUAAGGGUCUGGACUGAGCCUCCUACAAUGCAAUCUCGCACAAAACCUGCAAAUCUUGUUUAUCAUGGAGGCAUCAAGAGCACAAUCCAAAUCCCCGCUGAUCCAGAGCAAAAGGACUAUGCUGUCCAUUUCCAAAUUUCCGGUGAAGCCUCCAAGGCUGUCCUACCCCCCACAGGAGUCCAUGUGUUCCUGUCACAGCUGCAUAUGCACAGCAGUGGACUUCAUGGGAGGCUGCAAUUAGUCCGAAAUGGGGUGCAUAUCAUGGAUGUAUUUGAUACCAUCAGCUAUGAUAAGAAUAGCCAGUGGCCAAAUUUCAAAGGCUGGAAAUAUCUCCCAGGUGACACCCUGAUUAUGACUUGUGUCUACAGGCCAGACAAAGAAGUACACAUUGAUGGUGGACUGGCUGGAGAAGAAGAAAUGUGUGCCUUUGUUCUUGGAAUGGCUCCUCUUCCGGGGUAUGACCAUGCACUUGCAAUCGCCACACCAGCUGAUCAACCCUUUGCAAAUACCUUUGUUGGCAAUGGUCACAGGCACACAGGCAAUUGGACUGAGGAGGCCAUCUAUGCUCCCACUUUCCAGCGAAGAAAUGGCUACAAACCCCUACACAACCAUCGCAAACAAAUUUGUGAAUGGGGUGCCCGUGACAUGUUCCAUGUACAUGAGAUUCACAUUUCUGAUCCUGGAAUCAAUAUUGCACUCUUCCUCCUUAUUGUGAUUGCUUUCAUUGGCCUGAUUUCAUCACAGUGGCCAGCAAUCAAGUCCAUAACAUGUGAACGAACCAGGCGCAACACGGUCUGCUAUCUCCUUGAAUUGGUGUACAGUGUGGUAGCACUUCCGCUCCUUGUGAAAGAUUACGUUGUUCUUAUAGAGAAUGAACAGACCUUGGAUAUGGUGGACCCGCAUCUUUACACAGCAACCCGUUCUAUUGGGGUUGGGUUGAUCUUCCUCUAUCUGGCAGAGCUGCUGUACAAACAGGGCAUGCAAUAUGACUUGAUAUUUCAUCAUCUCGUUGCCAUAGUUAUGGCCAUGCUGUGCUUCAUGGUGGGGACCAAUGCCCUUGCUUUCAAGCUAGCAAUCAAGCUUGGGGCAACACUCUCCUUGAUGGUUACCACAGAGCAGUUUAUGUUUCUGGCCUUGCUGCUCAAGAGUCUUGGCUAUGGUACUCGUUGGUGGUGGCCCAAACUUUGCUGGUUUGCAGCUGCCAUCAAUGGCAUUACCAAGGCCAUACUGGUUGCUCUGUUUGUUUAUACCCUUCAUGUCAAUUACCAAGGAAUCGAUGUCUCCUGGGAAAUUGGAAGCUGGAGCUUUUCGAGGUGGCUAAAGCCAUCCAGCUUUCUCAAUGCAAAUGUGUUUACUGGUGUCAUGUCCUUCUUGUUGGCUCUUCUGAUCCUUGUACAAGUGAUUCUGGGAGGUGGUGUCCUUUUCCCCCUCGCGGCGAAGUACAGCAAAAGGGUUCACGAGAAGAUCAACCCCAGUGCCACAAGCCUGCGGGACGCAGGGGCCUCUUCGGAAAGUUCAGAGUCGUCGUCAGGCUCAGAAAACUGA